AUGGAUGUAUAUUCGAUGAAAGUUAUUAAAAUAUUCUUCUGUAAAAGGGUUUUAUCAAAGACGCAUGGUGAAAAGAAAUCUUGGGUCUGCAUGAGUAACAUGUUUAUCAAAAUGCCAGAAAAAUCUACAAAGUCAAUUUUAGAAAAAGAUUAUGACAAAUUGGACAUAGAAAUAAAUUCCCUUCGUAAAACUUUGAAAACUGAGAUGAAUCAGUUACGGGACUUGGAAAAUCAGGAUGCCCUUACGGGUUUCGAUUUGAAGCCCCUUUCAAACCAAGAGAUCAAAGCUAUUGAAAAUCUUCUCUGACUUUCAGUAGUUUUGAACCCAGGACACUUCUGUUAAAGGUGCAUCAUUUCUGACUAUCUUGUUGCUUAUGCACACAAACUGUUGAUAGAAUCAUCUACUGGAAAUUCAAAAAUUUCUUUGUAAAUACCAUAUUGAAGACCCUGUACGAUCCCAUGCUGAUGUCUUUACUCAAAAAAAUCACAAUGUUGAAUAAAAAGUUGUGAUAACUCAA